AUGGCAGGUUUUUCAUCAACAUCAGUCAAUGCACCACGAAUAAGUGAAACAAAAGAUGGACAAUAUUCAAGUGGUGCUACAUUAUCUUAUUGGUUAGAUUCUGUUGAACGACCAACAUUCAAAUCGUUAGAUAAAGAUGAGACAUGCGAUUUUCUCGUCGUUGGUGCCGGAAUAGGUGAAACUGGUCGUACAACGGCUCAUUUACAAAUUGAAAUUGAUGAUUUUUAUUAUGUUAUUGAACAGAUGUAUGGUGAAAAAGUGUCAAAAUUAGUUUGUGAUUCGAAUAAAGCAUCAGUGGAUUUUAUUGAAAAUUUAUCAAAAAAGAUUCCAUGUGAUUUUGAACGUUUGGAUGGUUAUUUAAUACCUGGCAAAGAAGAACAUAAAACGAAAGUUAUUGAUAAAGAAUUAGUAGCUGCUGGAAAAGCGGGCAUGGAUGUCGAAUUAAUCGAUUCAAAAGAUAAAUUACCUCAUUAUCCAUUGGUAUAUCCAACACCUCAUUGGUUGAAAUUCAAAAAUCAAGGCAUGUUCCAUCCAUUGAAAUAUCUCUGCGGUAUGGCUCAACUGAUGUCGGAAAUGCCAAACGUUACAAUUUACACAAAUACACAUGUGGACGAUAUUGUUGAUGAUGAGAAAAAAGGUACUUAUGCUGGAACAAGAAAUCAUCAUAGAAUUAAUUGUAAAAAAAUGGUAUUGGUGGCAUUUGAAGUUGAAAAAGGAGUAAUUGAGCGUGCACUCUAUUGGGAUACACACGAUAUUUAUAAUUAUCAUCGAUUAGCUGUUGAUGAUAAAUCACCAAAUGGAAAAACAGAAUUAUUAAUUGUUGGUGGAAAAGAUCAUUUGACUGGUGAUCAGAUGCACAAGGAAGAUUAUGAAAAACUUUACGCUGAAUUAGAAACAAUGGCACGUAAAAUGUUUCCAUGUGGACCAGUGAGAUAUCGAUGGAUUUUCAGCGAUUUUUUCCAAUUUACUGUUAUUUGUUUGGGAAAUGGGAAUAGUGUUGCAUUGGGAAAUAGUGCGGAAUCUGCUUUAUUUGUACAAAAUAAGAAUCAGACAUAG